AAAAGGAACUUGUAUGAUUUUUGACUAAUUACAAAUGACUAAUUACUUCCUUCUUUUCAAAGUCGGUUAAAAAUAAAAUAAAAAGAAAGUCACAAAAUAUGGAAUUUAGAAAGAACGAAGUUGUUUGAUACGCAAUAGUAGAAAGAAAUCAACCCUGACGAAGAUAUUUCAAGCAGAGACGUUGUACAUUGGAAAGGCCAUGACUUUAUCCAUGACUCUGGUCAGACACCAGAUCUCGCUCUUGUCUACAGAACACAUCAUUUCUGCUUUUCAUUUGAUAGAAAUUCGCUACGUUGACUAACAAAUAUUUUUCUUAUAACAAUUUUCGAGAGGAAUUCAUUAUUGAAUAAAAGUAAAAAUUUGCAUAAAUGGAAGGUGGAUGGAAUGAGGUAGGGCGGUUCUCCAAACCGCAGCAACCUCCUCGUGGUGAGACCCCGUGGUGAAACAUAAAGAUCAGAAUCGCCAAAAAUCAUUAGAUGUUUCAUAGAAACUCAUAGAUGUUUCCUUUCGCAAAAAAGAGCUUACUUGCAAAAUUUGAUCUAACUUAGAGCAUAAUGGUUUUCCGAAGAACAGCCGAAGUUAGAUAUCCAUAGUUGGUAUAAUAGUCUCGCCUGUUUUACCAGUUCUUCUGUUACCAUACCUCAGUGGCACAAUUGCCUUAUCGACUACGGUAAAGUGAAGAAAUACUGAGAAGCUGAUAUAACCAAAAUACAAACGUAUUUCAAAUAAUUCAGAAGAUUGCAGAACAUUCAUGGAAAAUAAUAGCUGUGUACCAGUUUUCAAUAAUGAUCCCCUUACGGUAUUUGGAUCUUGUCCAUCAUGUUCCAGAAAAUUAAAUACUGAAGAAUUAUUAGCACUAAUAAUGCAGUGUGUCAAUUUUGCAGCAAUAAAACAUAAAAAUCAAAGAAGAAAAGAUUCAGAAGGAACACCAUAUGUAAACCACGUUAUAGGUGUUGCAAAUAUUUUAAUCCAAGAGGGUAAUGUUCAUGAUCCUGUUGUGAUUUUAUCAGCCUUGUUACAUGAUACAGUGGAAGAUACAAAUACCACAUUUGAAGAGAUAGAAGCACAAUUUGGUACUGAGGUUUGUAAUGUAGUUAAAGAAGUAACUGAUGAUAAAAGUUUGCCAAAACAAGAGCGUAAAAGAUUGCAAAUAGAAAAUGCUCCUAAAAACAGUCACAAAGCUAAAUUAGUUAAGCUAGCAGAUAAACUGUAUAAUCUAAGAGAUCUUGAAAAAAACCCUCCUGUUGGGUGGUCACCAGAGAGAAUAAAAGAAUAUUUCAAGUGGGCCAAAGCUGUGAUAGACGGAUGUCGUAAAACUAAUUCUAAUCUAGAAACGGAACUAGAUAAAAUAUAUGCAAAUCGAAUAGCUCGUGAUAGGGAAAGCUGUGGAUGUAAAAAAUCAGUUAUACCAUCAUGAUUUAUUAAACAAUAACUAAAAUUUAAUGAUUCCACAUAAAAAAGAUAAAAGUAUAUUUGAAACACUGAUACUGAGAUGACAAUAUACAAUGCUUAAAAAAAACCAAUGAAUAUUAUCAUUAAUAUUGCUUUCAGUAAAGUUCAGCAAGUUGUAUAAAAUGUAUGAAAAGUUGUUCAAAAAUUUGUAAAAAUAUUUAAUAUAUCUUAUAUACAAAUUAUUUUCAACAAAAUAAUAUUUGCAUCGGAUUACGCUGUAAAUCUUCUACUGUUUAUUAUAAUGUUUUUGAAAGAACCACUUCAUAUAUUCUGCUAGCUUCUCCGCCUCCUCUACACUAAUAGCAUUAUACAUUGUAGCUCGAAUUCCACCUACAGAUCUGUAAUUAAAUAUUUUUGCGUUCAAUCGCAGUUCUUACACUUUUUCCAUUCAUGAUGCUAUUUGAGUUUGCAACAUCGUUGUUCGUUUUUCAAGUUACACUGACCUGUGACCUUUCAACUGAAGCAUUCCGCGCGCGGACGCGCCGGAAAGAAAUUCUUUCUCAAGUUCCUCAUCGUUGUUUCCUAUUCUAAAUGGAAUGUUCAUCCUACUCCGUACAUUUGGCUGAACUGGACACGAGUAAAAACCUUUCGACUCGUUGAUCACUUCGUAUAUUUUCUGACUCUUUAUGAUAGCCAACUUUUCCAUAUUUUCAACACCGUCGUGUUCUUUGAUCCAUUUUAAAAUUAAUCCAACUGUGUAUAUUCUAAAAUGUAAAAUGAACGUUUCAACAAACAACUACUUUUUUGUACUUCAAUUAUAGUAAUAUUGUCGAGGAUACUUUUGACUCGUCUUUUUGUGUAUAUUCGUUUUAUCAUAACGCGUUUUUUAUCAGGGUUGCUUACUGAAAUACUGGUGGUGUAUUAUGCAAGGAGUUAUCAGCUGCCAUAACAGUGAAAUCCAGCACUGUGGGACAGACUUUCAUGGCAUGGCCAAGAACAUCGUCUCGUACUAUUACUAGCGUUACUCCAGCUGGACCAAUAUUUUUUUGAGCACCAGCGAAGAUUACUGCAAACUAAACAACACGUUAUCACUAGUUAUUGACUCGUCUUUCUUUCAUAUUAAACAGCCAUCAGAUCUGAUAUAACGUACUUUCGAAAUGUCUAGAGUUCUCGUGGCUAUAUUUGACGACAUGUCCGCAACUAGUGGUACUCCAUUUGUCUCGGGAAUGUAAUUGAACUCAAUUCCUUAAAUAAUUAAACAAAUAUAACCGUCGAAAAUCAAAA